AUGCCAAAUCUUGAAGAAAAUCAGGAGCAUGGGUGGAUAGAAAAAGUGAAAUCAGAAGGUUCUGUUCCACUGCUUGAGCCAGACCACUGGCCAAAUGGUUGGGCUUCUUCUGGAGAUGUUUUCAAGUACUAUUGUAUAUUUUGUGGGUAUGGAACCAAUCCCCGAGGGCUCUCUGAUGGAUCGGUUCCUAAAAGGGAUGAUGGAUUCAGGAAUUCAAGAUUAAAAUUGAUAGCCAAUAUUGUCAAAGGCCCAUGGAUUGUGAGAAAAGCAGUUGGAGAGCAGGCUAUCUGCAUUAUUGGUCGAUCGGUUACUUGCAAGUAUUAUUUAGGAGAAAACUUUAUUGAAGUUGAUAUAGAUAUUGGUUCUUCAGUGGUUGCAAAUGCGAUUGUUCAUCUAGCAUUUGGUUACAUAACUACACUUACUGUUGACUUAGCUUUUCUCAUGGAGGGUCAAACUGAAUCAGAGCUUCCAGAAAGAAUCUUAGGAGCUGUUAGAUUUUCUGAGCUCAAUACUGCUUCAGCAAGGCAAGUUGAACUGCAUUCUGAAAAGAGCAUGGAAUUUUUGCGGUUGUCUCUUCAAACGAGAUUUUGGAAAUCACUUGGUCAGGGCUUCUCCCAACUUAUUAAGCCAGGUGGUCAAGAAAGUGAGUCCAACUCCCAUACGGCACAUGUCAAUGGGGAUGUUGAUCACAAAAGUAAUGAUGCAGAUGUUGACAAGUUAUAG